AUGGCGGGUUCAGAAAGGGCGAACACCCUCCACGCCCACAAAGCGCUGCUGCCUCUUCCUCGCGUGCGCACGGGUGUCAGAGCGCUCAGUUCAAGCGCGAGGCUGCGCCUUAACAGCACGAUGUCGUCUGUGAGGCUUCAUGUCGUCGCAUCUGAGCGCAGGUAUUGCCGGAUAACACGAAGGGAUUUUCAAACGGAUCCAAAUGCAUGUGGACCUCAGCGCACUCCUGAAAACUACAAUUCUGCAGUAGACAUCUUACAGUCUGAGGGACAACAAAACGUUGAAGAAAUGGGUGACUCAGAGCUAAACAUUUCAAACAUCAGCAAUGCCAUUGAUGCUGUAUUACCUGACCUCCCAAUUGCAACAAAAAAAUCUCUUGAGGACACCUUAAAGUCACUUGGAGUGGAGACCCCUGAAGAUUUCAGAUUUCUUGAGGAAUCAGAUCUGGCAGCUGUACUGAGGCCCAUUCAAGCCAGGAAAUUUAUUUCUGUUCUAAAGGAGACCACACAAAUUUCUGAAACCCCAAAGCAACCAGUCUGUUCAUCUCCAGGAUCUUUUCUGUCCCAGAGUUCUUCAUACUCAUCUCCCAGCACCUCCCCUCCUAGUGUGAACUGGGUGGACAGCUUUGAAGUCCCAUGGAAUAAGUUUCCUGAGGAAUUAAUGCAGGCACUUGAGAGACAAAAAAGACCAAGUCCUCGGUUGCGUAGGGAAAUGGUGAGGAUUGUUGUUGCGGCAAUGUUGAAAGUUUGUGCUUGUCCAAGUAGGAAUAAUUUAACGGAGGUCGCCAAAAGGAUGGUUGCCAAAUAUCCAAAGUCUUUGCAAGAUGUGAUUGAAGAGAGUGUGAUUGGUCCUGGAUACUACUCCUUGGUAAAACAAUUUCAAGCCAGGGUUGAAAAUGCAAGAAGGACCAGCACACCAAAAAUAAAAAAGCGCAUUCAUGAUACAGAGGAAUGUGACACUGAGGAAGUCACACCUGAAAAAAGAGCUGCAGUCCAAGAUACAUACGGCUGCACUAAUUGGGAAGUUAGAUAUAUGCCCCUCAUUGAAACUGCUGAGAGUCAGCAGUUGAAAAAAGACAAGAUGAGGAGUCUGUCACAAACAACUGACUGGAAUGAAGAGGAAUUGAGGGUUCUCAUGAAAUCUACAUACUACAGUCAACGAAAAGAUAUCAACAAAGGAACAGACAUGAAAACGCUCACUGAGGAGUGGCCAUUUUUGUUUCAGGAAAGUGGUAUGGAAGUGCACUUUAAAGACCUCACAGGCAUACCACUUAAAGAGACCUUCCUGAACAGCAUUGACAAAAAAGGAAACAGGCUGUUGAACUUCAUGAGGAAUGUGUGUGCAACCAAGAACAAGCGUGUCUUACAAAAGAGGAGCUCCUUCUUCAUUAUGUAG